AUGGUGGCGUUGAAAGCGGGGCCUGAGGAAGAUGAAGCUCAGGAAAAUCGGCCCCGUGGAGUGAUGAACACGGAGAACGUCGUGGCCAUGGUGUUGCAGCAGAAUUCGGAGCUGCAAAAGGAGGUUGUUGCUCUACGCCAAGGUCAGGCAGUGUUCGAGAGGAAGUCGAAUGACGCAGUUGGCGUCGGUCAGCUGACCUAUGGCGCAACCCUCUGCAGCGGGAUUGGCUUUGGUGCGGCACCGAUUUCAACGGGUGUCAGCCUUGAAGGAUUGGUCGGUGUACUAAUGAAUGGCUCAGGACAGCUGAGCGGUGUAUGGAAUGGCCCUGGUCAAGUGGGCGGUGGAGCGGCGAUGUUGCUGGAUGCUGGUGGCAAUCAGUGCAGUGUGGGGAACUUGUGGGGGACAGUCCCUGGAGGGGCCGGUACAGCUACCGUGGAAAAAGGGUCUGGUGCUGAGAGGCCACAGAGGAAGGUGAAAGCCCUGCAGGACAGAGCGGCUGCUUAUGGGGAGCAGCUGGAUGGUGAAGUUGGUGGACCUGGUCAUGAUGGUGAUCGGGGAGCCGUGGAAAUGAGGACUCGGCGGCUGCCGGCUUCGGCUUCGGCCCUGGCAGCCCUGGUGGCCCUGGAGGCCCAAGCGGCCCUGGCGGUGGCGGACCUGGCGGGGGACCAGGUGGCUUUGGUGUUGGUGGUCCACGCAUGGGACCAUGUGGCGGCUGGCCAUGGAUGGGGCAUGGUGAUGAAAACAUAA